AUGACGGACGUAAUUACGCCGCCAACCUCCGAUACCGUCGCCUCUCCGGCCCCGGUUCAUACCAACACACAUCGCUCAAGCAAUAGCGUUUCCUCCCUCAGUUCAGUCAAGGCAAAGGACGGGUCCUCGUCUUCUUCCACGGGCAGCUUGGGUGACUCCCUCAACACUCCCCAACGCCCAGCUUCCACAAACGCUAUCCCAAUCACCCCUUCAACUCCGUCGUUCAAGUCGACUUCUGUCCCAACGGAUGCGAGUAUGGCUCAGGAGGCUACGCCCGAGGCGACUGAGUAUGGCUCCUCCCCUGCUGCUGCUUCUCCUCGUCACCCGCGUGCUGGGUUCUCUACCUCUCACCCAGGGGUCCACCAACCUCCUCCGUUGGCGUUCAUCAACACCAACGAUCCUGGUCCUGGUCCGCACGGUGGAGCCUACUACCCCUCUCCUGGAGCUUCUCCGUCUUUCCCUACUCCGUUCUCGCCUCCGGUCUAUACAUUCGCUCCGUCCGGACCUGGCACGCCUAUGUUCCCGACUCCGCCCAUGAUGCCUCCUCAGCAAUUCAUGGGUCCUCCGGGUCCGUCGCCUACUCUUGGUCCUCGUGGCCCCGGAUGGAAGUCUGGACCUGGUGGUCGUGGUGGUGCCGUGAACGCAUUCAAUCAAAGUCCCAUUGGAGGAUUCGGAAUACCGCCUGUCAGGAAGGACAGUUUGCCGUGGUAUCUCGUUAGCAACCCUAAUGUACCUCCUGGAGGGCGUAUGAAUGGUGGACCUCCUUCGCCUCUUAUGCCCGGGCCUCCUGCUGGUAUUCAACAGCGUCGUCCGCCCAAUGUUCCUGCCAGUGUGCUCAUUGCACCUCAGGUUCAGGGUCCGGGGAUGAACGUGGGAGGCCGUACUUUAUGGACUCCCCCUGGCGCUGCCAUGAUGCAGCCGCCUACCCCCGGAAGCCCGCAGUUCCCGCUCAGUCCUCAACAGCAAGCUGCUAUUCAAGCUGCUGCUGCCGCGUAUGUUGCCUCCUCCAACGGUGGGGUUCGCUUCAUGCAUGCAACUCCGGGUAUGAUGCCUCAGGUUCCUGUGUCGCCCAGCGAUGCCUCCAGCCACGAGCAGCACGCUGUCAAGAUGCCCACUCCGGCUCAGCACGCCCGAAUCGCUGCGGCGUUGGCUUCCCCGCCGCCGAUUCCGCCUCCGGUGGUUUCCUUCUUUGCGACCAACCCGAACGGCACUCCGGCGAGUGCUCAAACUGCAUUGGAGGCCGCGUUGUACAACCCCAGCGGUGGCACUAACGUGUAUGUCCGUGGUCUUCCCCCGGACAUUACUGAUGACAUGCUCCAUACCAUUGUCGGAAAGUUCGGUCGCGUCAUCUCCUCCAAAGCCAUCCUCGACCAAAACCAAAACGGGAUGUGCAAGGGUUUCGGGUUUGCCAUGUUCGACACGGAAGACGAAGCCAUCAACUGCAUCGCUGGGAUGAUGCAAGUCGGCUACCAGGUCUCAUUUGCCAAGGAAAGCUUCAGUACGCGUCUCAAGAACCUAUCGGAUCCCGGCAGCACCAACUUGUACCUUUCCAACCUCCCCGCUGAUAUGCACGAGCGUGAUCUCGAGGAAUUGUUCGCACCUUACCAGGUUAUCUCGAACAGAAUCCUUCGUGACACCGACAACCAGUCUCGUGGAGUUGGAUUUGCGCGUAUGGCCGACAAGGAGUCUGCUGAGAUGAUCAUUGAGAAGUUCAAUGGAGCUCAGAUCCCUGGGUCUGAUCUUCCUCUUCAAGUCCGCUACGCAGACUCUGCUUCUCAGAAGAGGUUGAAGGCAACUACUGCUAGACGUCGCAUCUGGAGGGCUCGCGAGUUCAACGUGUUGACCGGCAGGGCUAGCCUCAGCGACCUCCAGGAGCUAGGUCUCGAUCCGGGUACAUUGGCUACAUUCGGCAUUUCAGUCCCUACCCUCGGCGCGGCUGGUCAAGAAAACCCUGACUCCCCCCUCUUACCCAACGGGAUGUACCCACCCGUCUUUUCGCCCAUCCAUCCUCCGUAUCACGCUUCGCACGCCUACAUCCAGGAACCCAAUGACUCCGGUUUUGAGACUUCCCUCGUAGAACCGGCGGAGACGAAGGAUGACGUUGAAGUCGAUGAAGUGGGAAGGUUGAUUGAGAAAUAUUUGUGA